UUUGCAUUAAGAUAGUUGAACCACUGGGUAAGGGGUCUCUUCUAAGCUUGCUUGGUGUCAAUGCAGGGUAAUGGGGUUUGGGCUUCAUUGGGGUCAAGUCCUCUUGCUCUGUCCUGUAGUGUUUGCAUUCUGGCCUGUGUAAUCAGUGCUGUUUAUGUUGAUCAUGCACACUUUGUCUCAAGUGGACGGACUGCUUUGAUUCAGCUUGAUUGCACACACAGUCUGCCAUUGUGAGGGACUAGCACACACGCACAUACAGCCUUGCAUGUGGCCGCUGCUCAGUGGGUGUUACCAUGGCAUUACGCACAGAAUGAGGCUUCACAUACGGCAUCUUGUGUUCUCUUCACAGAGAGGCCCGGAAGACUGCCUUGGAUAAAACGCACACACGCACACAUGCACACACUCCAAACCAAACCCAUCGACACAGAGAACCUGGAUCUGUGACUUCUUUUUACUUUUUUGCUGGGACUGUGUUCCACCCUGCUUGGAAGGAAGCCAACAGAAACAUUACAUUUUUUUUUUAAUUGUUGUUGUUUUUUUAAUUUUUUUUUUAUUAAUUAAUUAAUUUUUUACUUUUAAGCACCAUACAAACAUUUUAUUUUUCUCAUUUGUUGGACUUUCUUACGGAUCUAACUGGGAUCGCUGUGUUUAUUAUGCACUUCAAUGGCUGCGAGUGGCUCAGUGGCUAGAAUGGGGGAUGAGGAGAAUUCCUUUCAUGUUUGCUACAGGAUGGAGGCCUCCUGUCUGGAGCUGGCUCUAGAAGGGGAGCGCCUGUGUAAGGUGGGCGAUUACAGUGGAGGGGUGUCAUUUUUCGAAGCUGCCAUACAAGUGGGAACUGAGGACCUGCAGGUGCUGAGCGCCAUCUACAGCCAGUUGGGCAAUGCCUACUUCCAUCUACAUGACUACACUAAGGCUCUGGAGUUUCACCACCAUGACCUAACGCUAACCAGGACAAUGGGAGACUUGCUGGGCGAGGCCAAAGCCAGCGGUAACCUGGGGAACACGUUGAAAGCAUUAGGGCGCUUUGAUGAAGCUGUGGUCUUUUGCCAGAGACAUCUAGACAUCAGCAGAGAUGCUGGAGACAAGGUGGGGCAGGCCAGAGCUCUGUAUAACUUUGGGAAUGUGUACCAUGCUAAAGGAAAAAGUACCUCCAGGAAUGACUCAGAACCUGGAUGCUUCCCUGAGGAGGUCACCACUGCACUUAAAAAAGCUGCAGAGUACUACGAGGCAAAUCUGUGCAUUGUGAAGGAGCUUGGAGACCGCGCAGCUCUGGGGCGUACCUGUGGGAACUUGGGAAACACUCAGUACCUGCUGGGCAACUUCCGCAGUGCUGUAGCCUCACACCAGCAGCGGCUCCUUAUUGCUAAAGAGUUUGGUGAUCGGGCAGCGGAAAGGCGGGCGUACUGUAACCUAGGAAAUGCCUACAUCUUCCUGGGGGAGUUUGAGAAGGCUGCUGAGCACUACAAGAGAGCUCUGCAGUUGGCAAGGCAGCUAAAGGAUCGGGCAGUGGAGGCUCAGGCCUGCUACAGCCUGGGCAACACCUACACACUAUUACAGGACUAUGAAAGAGCUAUUGACUACCAUCUCAAACAUCUUAUCAUUGCUCAGGACCUCAAUGACAGGAUCGGUGAAGGCCGUGCCUGCUGGAGUUUAGGUAAUGCACACACAGCACUGGGAAAUCAUGACCAGGCCAUGCACUUUGCAGAGAGACAUCUGGAAAUCUCUAAAGAGACUGGAGACCGCAGCGGCGAGCUUACAGCCCGUUUGAAUGUGUCUGAUCUCCAGAUGGUCCUUGGCCUCAGCUACAGCACUAACAACUCUGUCUUAUCAGAGAACAAAGAGAUUGACUAUAACCUGCAUGGAGCAAGGCCCAGGAUGAGCAGGCGUCACAGCAUGGAGAACCUGGAGCUAAUGAAACUUACACCAGACAAGCUCAAUGGUCAGAAAUGGGGCAAUGACGUCCCCUGUAAGCAAGCAAAACCCACGCUGUCCAAGUCCACCUCUAAGCUGUUCUUUAUGAACCGUCUGCGGGGGAAGAAACCGAAAAGUAGUUCCUCUAAAGUUCUUCAGGACACCAGCAACACUCUGGAGACCCCUCAGAGCCAGUCUGCUCAUAAACGAGUGAGUGCGGACAUGUUGGGCGAUGAGGGCUUCUUUGACCUGCUGAGCCGUUUCCAGGGCAACAGGAUGGAUGACCAGCGUUGUUCUCUUCAAGAAGGCAGGGCCCGCAAAGCUACUGCUACCUCUAGCUCCUCUUCCUCCACAUCUUCCAGUCCACCCACAAACUUGAAGAAAUCCUUUUCGGAGUCUGCAGUGUCUCCUGGUCAGGAGGCAUUUCUGGGUGCUCUGGCGAGCGCUCAGGGCCGAAGGCUGGAGGACCAGAGAGGUGUGGGGACCUUACCUGGUUUGCGGAGCCUCCAACCCAGUCAGAGCUGUGGCAGCAGACAGGCUGUCCUCAACCAGCUGAUGGCUAGCGAUGAUGCCUCAGAGCCAGAUGACCAGUUCUUUGACAUGCUGGUGAAGUGUCAGAGUUCUCGAUUAAACGAUCAGAGGUGCGCCCCUCCUUCUGCCCCGGUCCGUGGCCCCACUGUUCCAGAUGAAGACUUUUUCAGCCUGAUCCUCCGCUCACAGGCCAAGAGGAUGGAUGAACAGAGAGUUACAUUACCAUCUGUGCACUGACGAUACAUACUGUGUGUGUAUUAGUAUGUUUAUAUAGGGUGAGUCAUAAGUCAUAAAACACUCAAAUAUCUGUAAAAUGCUUAAUAGUAGUUAAUUCAGUCUUAUCCAGAUGGCUUGUCCUGCUUGUAUAGAAGAAAACCUUCAUCCACACCGGCCUUUUCUGGAUAAGAUUGGUGGCUCCUGAUCUAAUACAUAUUGGUAAAGAUGAAUUCAAUCUAACAUUUAAGGGUCUUCACAGAUAUUUAGGUUACUGAUUUUUGCCUCAUCCUGUACAAACACACACAUAUGGGUAUGGAUACAUAUACUCCAUGCACUGAGUGCACACAAAGAUGUGCAAACCAAGACAUCUGUAGUUUUAAUAUUCACAUUUCUAGUUUAGUUCAUUGUUAUCCAGUCCUAGUCCCGGAGUGCUUCGGCACGGCACGGCACAGUUUAGCCUUUUCCUUGCUUCUAACACAACUGGCUCAACGAAGUUGUUAAUUAAAAAAGCCCUUUAUAAGUUUAACGUGUGUUACUGCCAGAAAAAGUUACUAAGCUGUGCAAGGGUGUUUGGGGAUAGGACUGACAGUGUUUUACAGUCACUGGCGUCCCUACAUGACAUCAGAAUCCAGUCGAAGCAGAACAAAGCCCAACUGUCAGCAGUUAGUUUUUGAAAUCCAAUCGAUGAUUCCUGCUUUGCUGGCUGCUACAAAAUCUAAUGCAAACUCCUGUGUGUGCUCAGACAGUUAACACACAGCUGUACACACACAAACACAACUCUAAUUCCGAUACAAAAUCCAGAGUUCAGAUUGACACUAUUGUCGGUUCUGCAGCUCAGCUGUGAAAGUUCUCAGCUCCAGUUUGUCCACUACUGAACAAGACUAUAACUUUAAAAAAAAAAAAAAAAAAAGGUGGUUCUUGAAGGGUUCUUUACUAAA